CCAGAGGGGGACUAUAAAUUGGGGGCCCCCCUUCUCCCUCUCAGUAGCUAACGGUCCGAGGAGUAAUAACUAGCGCUAGAGAACCUCACUUCUGUAACAAUGGUGCACGCCGUCAUCUGCUCACUGGCAGUUGUUGCCCUGUUCCAGGUCGCUGCCUCCAGUGCGUCUGGAUCCUGCCCGACUCUCUUCAACUUCUACGCCCAUCCUACAGACUGCACCAAGUUUUUCCGCUGUUUCUGGGGGUCGCCCGUCGAGUUCUCUUGUCCCGCCGGCACCCACUGGAACCAACACAUCCUCACCUGCGACCACGCCUACAACGUCCCCUGCGCUACCGCCAUCUUGAAUCCUAUCUACAAGUUGGUGAAGGACGACGGCUACGGCUAUCAGAAGGUCGGCUACGUCAACUACGACGGCAGCAAGGGUUACGAGAAGGGCAACUACGGCUACGCAACCAACAAGGGCUACGAGAAGGGCAACUACGGCUACGCAACCAACAAGGGCUACGAGAAGGGCAACUACGGAUACGUGACAAGCAAGGGUUACGAUAAGGGUAGCUACGGGUAUGAAAGCAGUAAGGGGGAUAAUAAAAUGUACGGCGGCUCGUACGUGAGGUCCAACGACUACGACAACUACGGCAACUACUUUGGAACCGUUGGCUACACCAAGCAGACCUACCCACCCAGCGUUGGACACAACUACGGAGGCUUCGCAGCUAGGGCCGGCUUCGCCAACUACAACAACGGCUACGCAAGGCCACAGUACGUCACCAACGGCUACGUGAAGCCCAACUACGGGGGUUAUUCAGCGGGAGGUUAUGCCUCACGUGCUGCAAGCGGAUAUGCUCGAGUCGGGGACCCCAUCGUUGGAAGGGUAUACGGCAAGGCUUCAUACGCCACCAAGAAUUACGGUGGUUGGAAGAAAUAAGAUGGAGGACAUCUGUGAUGCUGACUUCUAUUAUCUGUCCUCCGAAGGUCACAUGACCUUCACCCUUGGACGUUCUUGUCUUUCCAUUGCGCGGGUACAAAACACUAGAAGCUGUUUCCAUAUUAUGACCUUUUGUACGAUUCUGUCCUUGUUUCUGCCAAAUCUUUGUGAUAACUUCAGUAAUAUGCUUCAAGAGUUCAAAACAUCUAACAAUCUUGAUCCGUCUUGCACAGAGCAGUUUUAGCGAUAAAACUAUUGUACUCCUAUACUUAAACAUGGACUUAUCCCAGUUGGAGAACUAGAUAAGACCGCUUCAGGCAAGCAAGUCAUGUGGAUGUAUUAGACUAGACACUUGAGUGUGACUCCAGUCCUUAUUAUGAUGUACACCUUUCAAACUGUCCAAUGGACACCGUCGCUACUGAGUAUUUGGUACGUAGGGUCAUCUUGACCAGGCGAUUUAUUCAUCAGCUGAACCAUGUAGAAUGUUGGUAGUGCAGCCUAACAGAGCUGCUUUACAGCCCCUCCCUGGGCAGCCAUUGUCUGCUGACGGCGUAGCUAUCAAUCUUGUCGGUAGAGCUCUGUGCCAUCACGCACCAGAUACCAAUAGACGAGAGCUUCUUGCUGUAAACAGCGCGUCUUCACAAUGCGGCAUAUCGUAUAUAGAGUUGGUGAUUUCUCAGAGUGUUCAGAACGGCAGCGUAAAUUAGCCAGACUUGCAAAAAUCAAACCAUAGCAGUAGUGCGCUUUCUUGUGCCUGUCAGUAGUCUCGCCAUUAAGCCUACGUCUACAGCUUCGCUGGGUCCUGCGCUAGCCCGAUUUGACACCGGAACAAAUUUUCGAGUGACCGCGGAACCAGCGAACGCCUUCAGCAUGGUUCCUUUAAUGACGUCACUUCCGACGAACCCGAGUGUACGAAUGUAGAUAGAUGAACCGAUGUUUUGAAGUGUUUCACAUAAGGUUCUUGUAUAAUUCUGUAGUUUUUUGUACAUUCUAGUUUGAUAUUGGGUCGACUGUCGGCCGUCUCCUAUUUAUUUCUUAACCCGUGUCAUGUUCUGAAUGAAAAAUGCAUAGUAUAUUUCUACCUUAUUUUUAUACACACGUGUAAAUCUUCUACUUUUGUGAUGCCAUUAUGUGCUGUUUCAGUAUAUCUAGAAUAAAGGUUGGGUAUGACAUAA